AUGGCCACUACAACCGAGAGGGAAUUUGUUCCAAAGGAAGCUGGAAGUAAUAUGUCACGUAUUAAGGAUAUGAUGCAAAAGAUGAGAAGGAGGUUUGAUGCAACUGAUGAAAAUGCGAAGAAGAUGAGAAAUGACUUGUCUCGUAUUGGUCAAAAAGUUGAUGCCCAUGCAAAUCCAAAGAAUGAUGGGCAAUGUAUGGAAGUCACUACUCUAGGGGGUAAGCAAACUAUUGAUCCACCUAUGCCAUCUGGGGUGGAAAUUGGGAAUAGUAAAGACGAUGAUGUGGUCGAGGUAAGUGGAAAGUCCGAGAAUGCGAUAGAGAAAGAAGCGGACGUAACUCAAAAAGUUGUCCCCAUACCUAGACCUCGACGUCCCUUCACACAGAGAAGCUUUAGAGCAGAUGUGUGGGUAUUUAUGAAGGACAUGGUGACAAAGAAGAGGGCAGUAAGAUUCGAAGAUGAUGAUAGAUUGCAACAUUGUAGUGCUAUUGGUACAAGGUCCCUUGUGCAGAAAAAUGAGGAUCUUGAUGCCUUCACUAUUCCAUGUACUAUCGGGUUGUUUCAUUUUGCUAAGGCGUUAUAUGAUCUUGGUGCUAGCAUCAAUUUGAUGCCACUGUCUAUUUACAAGAAGUCGGGUCUAGGAGAUCCAAAAUCUACUGCGAUGCAGUUGCUCAUGGCCGAUAGAACUGUGAAGAGGCCUAUUGGUGAGCUCCAAGAUGUAUUAGUGAAAGUGGAGUCAUUCAUCUCUCCGACGGAUUUUUGUGAUUCUUGA